UUAAAGUUAAUCCAUAGUAGAAAUGGAUACGCAAGAGCGUUCAAUGAGUGUCAUUUGCAUUUACGCCACGAUCAGGGAGUUCGUUCACCCCGCGAUUAUCUAACGAGGGUUGACGACCAUCGAUCUCGCUUGCCGAGUCCAUCGAUUCGCGCUAUCGAUUCUUUCGUUCAUCCCCUCUAAAAAAUAAAAAUGGCCACCGCGGGCGCGCACACCGGCCGAGUGCACGUAGCUGUACGGUGUUGAUAAACAGGCGGCGAUAAAACGGCCUCACCGUCCAGAACGGUCGAUUACACUCCCAGCGUGCGGGAGCGUCGACACAACGGCCGGGAGAAACGAAUCAACAACGGCGUCGACGGCGAAGAAGAUGAGGGUAGGCGCGGCGACGACGGCUCUGGCCGAGGAGCGGCGUCCCCGAGCUCAUAGUGGCGACGGCGGCGACGGCGGCGACGAGCGUGCCAAUGUUGAGGUUAUGGACAACUUCGUGAAGAUCGAGAAGAUCGGGGAGGGAACGUAUGGGGUGGUCUACAAAGCCCGGGACAAACUGACCGGGAAGCUGGUAGCACUCAAGAAGAUUCGUUUAGAGACGGAAAGGGAAGGCGUUCCGUCUACCGCCAUUCGGGAGAUAUCGUUAUUGAAAGAUCUUGCUCAUCCAAACAUCAUACAGUUGUUCGAUGUCGUAGACGGCAACAGUCAUCUGUACCUCGUGUUCGAGUUUUUGCAACAGGAUCUCAAAAAAUUGUUAGAUUCCGUUAAGGGGGGCCUGGAACCAGCGCUCGUCAAGAGCUAUCUCUAUCAAUUACUGAAAGCGAUUUCCUUUUGCCACCUACGUUGUAUAUUGCACAGAGACUUAAAACCGCAGAAUCUACUGAUAGAUCGAGACGGUCAUAUAAAAUUGGCCGAUUUCGGCUUAGCCAGAAUGAUCGGAGUUCCUGUUCGCACUUACACACACGAGGUUGUCACGCUAUGGUAUCGCGCACCGGAAGUUCUUCUAGGAACCAAAUUGUAUACCUGUGCGCUGGACAUAUGGAGUCUCGGCUGUAUAUUCGCGGAAAUGGCCACCAGGAGGCCUCUGUUUCCCGGGGACUCCGAAAUAGAUCAGUUGUUUAGGAUAUUUCGUAUGCUCGGUACACCGGAUGAGACGAUUUGGCCAGGAGUGUCACAGCUUCCGGACUACACAUCCAGAUUUCCAAGAUGGGAGACGACUAAUUUAGAUGAUGCUUUACCCGCUUUUGAGGACGAUGCCAAAAAUUUACUUACAAAAAUGCUGACGUACGAUCCUAAUCAAAGGAUAACGGCAAGAAAAGGUUUGUGUCAUUCUUACUUCACUGGAGUUAAAUUAGUUCCACCUCCACUGCCAAAGAAAAACUGACAUAGGUUUAUGGUUGAUAUUUUGAAAUAAUGUAUUUUUAUAGGUUUCUAUUAAAUGUAAAAUAAUUUUCGAUGGAGAUAAUUUUAUACUGACAGUGUGUUCAAAAGUACAUGAAUAAGUCUAAAUAUAUAUAUAUAUUUUUACUUCUUUAAA